AUGUGCAAUGAUGUAUUAGCAUUUCUAUUAACUUCCUUAAUAUUUUCCUUGUUAAGUGCAAUAUGUAAUGGAGCAUACAUUUUGGUUGUCUUAAAAAACAAGAGGCUAAGAAGAUCGAAUAACCUUCUAUACCUGUUACUUUCCAUAUCUGAUUUGGUUGUUACUGCAAUUUUAACUGUAAUUUACGGGAUACAGAUCACAGAAUACCGGAACGGUACAUUAACUAGCGUUGCAUCAAUCUGGUCCUUAGUGGUACAUAGUUUCAUCGACAUGUCUAUUUCAGCUAUUUUAUUGAUCCAAUUGGAGUUGUAUUUAGCCGUAUUUAAACCGUUUAAAUACAAAAGAACAUUAAGAAAAAAAACAUUACCUAUGCUAUUGAUUUUAGCCUGGAUUCCAUCUAUAUUAAUUCCAUCCGUUAUAUUUUUGAAUAAGUCGAUAUUUCAAGAUAUUAUCCGAAAUUUAAUCACUUUUUACGAAUUUUCCUCUCUGCUGCUCGUAGCGUUUUGUCAAAAGAAAGUGCUCAACUACAUUAGGAAAAAUAAUCACACUAGACGAGGAAAAAAGUUGAGCCAAAUAGCUGCUCAAAUAUUAGUUGUUUAUGGAGUUUCUGCAGUUGCUGGUUUGGUAGGAAGUAUAAUUAACCAAUUUAACUUAGCAACAGAAGGUUACAAUGAAUGCGUGUAUCAAUGGUGCAUGUUUGUGGUGUUAACAAAUACAUGUUGGGACACUUGUAUUUAUGGAUUACGUUCGGCUGCUGUUAGGAAUGAACUUUUAAAAGUAUUUCCAUGCUUUCAGAUUUGCGCUAAAAGUACCAAGAAUAAAAUAGGUAAUUUUUCAUAUGCGAUCUCUUUUAACCGGCUGCGUAGAAAUGGUGUGCGAAAAUGA